ACCUGGUGUGCCACGGACUGUUUUCCCAGUGCUCAUUUGYAGGCUGUGGCCGGUGAAUUAGCGCUGCUCCUGUUGCCGGUGUCCAAUCGCAGAGUGUGGUGCCGCAGGCUGGCGCUGCCCUGCGCUCCCAGCGGGACUGGCACUCGCGGCUGGCUCAGGAGCACCGAGUGCUGCUGAUGSUGGAGCCUAAAAGCUGAGUGGGUUUACAAUGACUAUGUCAGAACACGCGGCAGACUCAGCAGAGAGGUCAUCUACAUCAGACCUCAACGUGGCACUGCGUGAAUGUAUGGCAGCUCUGGACUUAUUUCUUAACAACAAGUUCUCAGAUGCUUUGGCUUCUCUACAAGCAAAAACUAAAGACAGCAUGUAUCAUGCCCUGACUUACGCCACCAUACUGGAGAUGCAAGCUAUGAUGACAUUUGAUCCUCAGGACAUACUGAAUGCAGGGAACACAAUGAAGGAAGCUCAAGCCACCUGUCAAAGAUUUAGGAAGAAAUCGACUGUAGCUAAUUCUAUCAACAACCUUGUGCACAAGCAAAGCCUUGAACACUUCACUGAAGAGGAAAUCCACGCAGAAAUUUGUUAUGCUGAAUGUUUACUUCAGAGAGCAGCACUCACAUUCCUUCAGGAUGAGAAUAUGGUCAGCUUCAUAAAAGGAGGCAUCAAAGUCCGUAACAGUUACCAAACCUACAGGGAGCUGGACAGUCUCAUACAGUCCCCACAUUAUGUCAAAGGAGAGAACCAUCUUCAUUUUGAGGGAGGUGUAAAACUUGGAGUUGGAGCAUUUAACCUGACAUUGUCCAUGUUUCCUGCACGGAUUCUGAGAUUACUGGAGUUUGUUGGAUUUUCUGGAAAUAAGGAGCAUGGUCUGCUGCAGCUGCAAGAAGGAGCAUCAUCAUACAGCUUUAGGUCGGUGCUGUGUACCAUGCUGUUGCUUUGCUAUCAUACUUUCAUGACCUUUGUGUUAGGGACAGGAAAAGGAAAUGUUGAGGAGGCAGAAAGACUACUUAAGCCUUACUUGGCUCGCUAUCCAAAGGGAGCCAUAUUCCUGUUUUUUGCAGGCAGGAUAGAAACACUAAAGGGUAAUAUUGAUGCGGCAGUCAAUAGGUACGAGGAAUGCUGUGAAGCUCAGCAGUACUGGAAGCAGUUUCAUCACAUGUGCUACUGGGAACUGAUGUGGUGCUUCACCUACAAGCGCCAGUGGAAGAUGGCUUUUUUCUAUGCAGACCUGCUGAGCAAAGAAAACACUUGGUCAAAGGCUACUUACAUUUACAUGAAAGCUGCUUAUCUCAGUAUGUUUGGACCAGAAGACUGCAGUCCUUUYGGAGACAGCGAAGUUGAAUUAUUUAGGAUUGUUCCCAGUCUGAAACUGAAAAUUGCAGGGAAAUCUCUGCCCACAGAGAAGUUUGCAAUUCGGAAAGCACGACGGUAUCUUUCUUCAAACCCMGUUCCUUUGCCUGUCCCACCUUUGGAAAUGAUGUAUAUCUGGAAUGGCUAUGCUGUAAUUGGAAAAUGUCCCAACUUAACAGAAGGCAUGUUAGAGACUUUAAAUGAAGCAGAAGAGGCAUUGGCAAGAAGUUCAGCUACAGAACUGCUGGCAGAUGACCGGUGUGUGAUAAAGCUGUUAAAGGGAUUAUGCCUCAAGCAUUUGGGCAAGAUCUCAGAAGCAGAAGACCAUUUUAAUUACAUCUAUUUAAAUGAGAAGAAGAUAAAAUAUGACCAUUAUCUAAUUCCAAAUGCCUUGCUGGAGCUGGCAAUACUGUAUCUAGACCAGGACCGAAGAGAAGAAGCAAUAAAACUUCUGGAAAAAGCAAAACAAAACUACAAGAAUUACUCCAUGGAAACAAGGACACAUUUCAGAAUUCAAGCUGCCAUGCACCAAGCCAAAUCCGCCCCAGAAAAUGGAAUGCACUGUGGAGCCUCGGCAGUGUCGUAACUUUUUCUUCUUUGAUGUUCUGUUUGUUGCAAACUUUGGUGCAGAAAAUUACUGACACUUUAGAAUGAUUUUUCCUUCUCUUUCAAGUCAGUGAAAAACCAAAUAACUUAAAAUUUCAAAGGUGAUGCAUAAAACAUUAAUCUAGUGUAAUAACAUGGCAAAAAAUCUCUCAAACCAACCAUAACCCUGAAAAAUAUUGUUUUUCCAACAGUGGCUUUUUGAAUACUUACAUCUGUGUAAUUCAUUUUUCAAUCGUGUGCCUUUUUCUUGUGUUAGCAACACUAUGCUGUAGCUUGCUUAGUGAAAGGGGAACAUUUGAAAAAAAACAAACAGCAAAACUUUUAGGAUUCCCAGAUUUAAUCUCAGUUAGCUCUAAGUGUUUGUUUGGCUCCAUACUGCUUGCAGCUGAGAAGGAAAGCAUUGCUUUUUCCCAGAACCUGCUUAGUUGGAAUGAUGUGAGAAAAUCUCACAGCAGGGAGGAGCUCUGGAUGCUGGGCAUUUCUAGUUGUGAACAGACAGCUGCUCUUUACCAGCUUCUACCAGUCACUUUUUUGCUUCUGUAAGAAACCUGCUGGUGRAAAGAAUGGUCUCCCUUAUGCAAGUACCUUGACUUUUUCUUUAGUUUGGUUUUCCUGUCGAGUCUGCUGCUGGUAGCAGCUGAAUUAAUUUACAGAGGAUUGCRGGGGGAAAGGUGGUGACGGUGUAAAACUGCAUUGCUGCCUCUUUGACAACGGGAGGUUCUUAGGAAAUGGUUUUUUUGUCAGAAUGAAUACAAUCUGAAGCCUAUGUCAAAUUUAAAGCACAAAUCCUUGAAGGUCAUUUAAGAAACAGCAACACUGCAAUGGCUGCAGAGGGAUCCAGGAGUUAUUGUGACAGUCCAUUCCUUCCUACGGUGACUGUUUUUAGGAUUCCCAGCCUGAGAUGUCCCUGUUGAAAGAGGCUGAUGUUCCCUGUGGGAGGAAGCUGGGGCUGGAGCAGGCUCCCUCAGCACAAAGCACAGCCCUUUAUCUUUUUGCUUUUUAUUGWUUUUUUUUUUKGAGAUUUUCUGUGCAAGGGGCUUUGAGAACAGAGCAAUGAGCUGGGUCUGCUUUCCAAUGCUGCCUGCCUUGGAAUUCCUGCUUUGCUGCAAAACUGGUGAAGUUGGUGUCACCACAGCUUUGACUCGUGCUUGCUGCUCUCCAGGCUAGCUCCAUGCCUCUAUGCCUCUGGGCUUCUGGGGCACACUUCUACCUCCCUUCUGAAAGCUUCUUCCCCAUAACCCAUUCUGAUGGGUGGAGAUGGGAGGUCUUUUGACAGCCCUUUUUCUCCGAUGGAGAUGUUUGUCAGGAAGAUUCAUGUCUAUGUACCUCACAGUGAAUAUCCUUUCUAAAGUGAUUGUUCCCAGCAGAAGAGAAAAUUGACAGUUUAUAGCUCUCUUUUAGCUCCUCAAAGGAAAUGAAAUUGUUUUAUAACUGUAAAUUAAUAUGCAAGGAGACAGAACCAUCAGUUCCUCAACAAGGAGAACUUGCAUUGUCUUAAAAAUAGAUACCCUUUAUAGAAGUCUUCCCAAGUUAAAAUCAUAGAUGAAGACACAUUUUUAAAGUGACUUUCUCAGAUAAAUUCAGUUCAGACAAAUUUCUCGAUUCAGAUAAAAUUCAGUAUAAAGUUACGCUAUUUACAUGCUGCACAUCAAAACUUCAGUGUAAAAAUUCAUUCUUUGUAUAGAAUAAAAGAAGUUUCUUGUUCUAUUUCAUGCAUAUAACGCCUCUUCUUCCAGUUGUGUCCCUUUCAAAUAUUUUGGCAACUGUAGCAYCUUUUAAGCAGCAAGCAAUGCCAUGUGAAAAUUAGCAUAAAUUGUGCUUUGCAGAAAGUGAACAAUCCUUCUGACUGUAGAUUCAUUUCUCAUCUUGGAAAUUUCACCCACAGCUCAGUUUUGCCUGAUCUUAGAUACAUCACACAAAGGAUGUACUGUGUGAUACUCAGCCAGCUUCCCUGAAGCUUUGCAGCAAUGAAAAUCCCAAGAUUUCCCAAGGUUUUCAUAACCUUUCUAAGAUUUUCACAGUCAUCUUUCCUCAAACACCAGCACCAGUGACACUGUGGAUCUGAUCUCCAGCUUCAGCUGAGUGCUUUGUAGUUCRCUGUGAUGUUUCACUCUGACUCCUUGGCGCCCAAGCCAUAGGAAAUAAUCACCUUCCUUAUGCAAUGAGGAUUUAUGKACUGUAACAGCACGAAUCCAUUUGAGGAAAAGAUGAGUGGAAGGUCUGGUACGUUGUCAUUGUGUAAAUUUUUCGAUCUAUUAUAUUUUGAAUUGCCCAGCAUCACUCUGCUCAUCAGUUCCUUCAUUUUGGUGCUCCUCCAUGACAGGGAUCAAAACUCCGUGGGGUCUGGGCUGGAAGGUCGAUGCUGGGCUGGUUUUUCCAUUGCUCCUUGGGAAGCUGCUGCGUGGUGUCUGGAGCAGCUCUCUGUGACAGUAAAUUGCCUCAUCAGUCUGGAGUCCCAGAUGCAGUGAAUCAGGGGAAGCACAAAUGUGUGAGUUCUCAGCCUCAGGGYAUUCACUUAGCAGAAAAUAGCAAAUAUUGUCAUGGAAUUGCAAAUCAGUCAUUGAAGCACUGCCCAGGAUUCAGGAAAUGGAAGUACUGCUGCAAAUGGGUGUAGUCCAUGCCUCAACUGCAGAAGAGCAGUUCCUUCUGCAUCCAAACACUGAAGUGUCUGAGCAUUGCUUGAGGAACCUGCUCUGUACACCAGCUUUAGACAACAACUGCUGCAAUCAACUCUUCCCCAUCCUCAGCAAAACCAGAGAUGUUACCUAAAGGCAAAAUUAUUAACUCAGUAGAAAAGUUUUCUACACUUGGUAGGACUUUUACCAUAAAACCUACAAACUUUAUUUCUUUUUCUACAUACUGUUUUUACCUAGCACCAGUAAGUGGUUUCCUGCCAGCAAGCAAGGAGGGAUAGAAAUGUGUACUCCAUUUCCUGGAUGUCUGCAGCAGGCUGUGGUGCCCCAUGGGAAAAUGCUGUCACCUGCAGGUGGUAGAGGCAGUAAAAGGGGCAUCUCUUUAAUCAYGAGCUCUGAUGUGUGGAAUCCCUGUGUGCAAGGUCUCGGUGACUGAGGGAGGAGCUCCUGCUGAGGUCUGAGGUGCAACCACAUCCACUCCCAGCUCCUGUAAAUAACACAAAACGAGAUACAAACUGUUGGGUGAAGGAUGYUGGGCUGGGCUGAACCUGUCACAGCUGCUCUGGACCAUUAGAAGAGAAUUUGAUGAAGUCAAACACGACACAGAACUACUGUGAUCUGGAAACACCCGCUGAGGAUUGCUCAACUCCACCUGUGGCACAGCAGCUUGCUCUGCUUGCUGCCACACAGCUCUGCUGCAAUCAACAGUGCACACGUGCCAUGAGUGGCUUAAGGACUGUCCCCUUCUGACUGUGCCUGUCUGGCCUCCGGCUGUUUGCAUUUCAAAACUUGGCUUAGGAAAUGGCAUUUUAUGAAAUACAGCAGCRUAGAACAGGAUCACAUCAAACAUUUCCUCCCAUUUCACACUGAUUUUGGCAUCAAAUUCAGUAUCGARUGCUUUAGUAUUUUUAGUUAUUGGUGGCCUGGGUCCAAGACUAAAAGCUCACGGGCUGACAGCUUCUGUGCCUCUGGCCCAACAGGGGCAUCAAGCAMUGCUCCUCGGUGUGAGACAAGGCUUUCCUACAGGUCAGUCCCAGAAUGCAAAAAGCACUCCCAUGAGUUUAAACACAAUGCUCAGCCUCCAGCUCCACCUGCAAGAUGCAUUUCUUUGCCUUCUCAAGCAUAAAAACACAGCAGCAAAGCAAAUGUAUAUGAAAUGACCAAAACCAACAUAUUCAACGCCGUUCCCCCUCUGGGAGGAAGAGGAGAGGAUAAAGAGGUGAGUCAUGUUGUUUACUGCUCUACAGGAAAAUGGUUAAUGGUUGGCAAUGUCUCUGACGAAUGAGAUUGGGAAACCUGAACAGACUAGAAAUGAACUUGCUUCUUUUCUCAUUACGUUCUGCAAAUACAUUUUGGUGGCAGAUUAUGUGCAAAGCGUGUACCAGCAAGUGUUUUAAUUGAAUGAUUUGUCAUCAUAGAAUAUUUUUUACAGAUGCUAUCUAGGUUUGCUUCAGGUGUUUUAAAAAAAAAAUACAAGUGUUUUCUUUUAAAAACAUGCUCAGUCAAUCCCUGUCUCAAAGAUUUAUGAAGAGCAACAGAGCUAUUAAAUACCUGCAUUGCACUGURGUAGAGUUCUGCAUAGUAUUUGCUUAAAUUCAGCCACGUUGCUGUAGGACUGGGCUGUGCUCCAUUAUUUUCUGUGGUUUUUUAAAAUCUCAGGACUUUUCAUCACUGGCUAAGCAUAAGCAAAAUGUUUAUUUAGAAUUAUGCAUUGCAGUGAAGUUUACUUGCUUUCCUUGACUGUUUCACAGAAAGAAUGCGAAACAGAGCAGUCAUAACCCCCUGCAUGCUCCUUUUUAAAAAAAAAGCCCAAAAAAAGUUCAUCUCGUGCUWACAAGGUAUAGUGACAGCAGUUUUGUGUCUGUGGCCUGAAGGYAAUGGAGUGAUGUGGUGAGAAAGGGUUAGUUAUGUAUACUCACACACAGUGGUGGCAGGUUCUGGAACCAAAGCUUUUUGAAAAGUUAUCAGAUCUGUUUGGACUAUUCAUUAAAUUCAGCACUUUAAAA